CUCUGACUUCUCUCCGCCAAAUUGGGGAUUAUUUAACGGUGGAACCCUAAUAAUAAACAAAAUCACUCGGAACCAAUCCAUUUCCCGCAGGACGACUUCUCUCCACAUCCUUUCUCCACCGCCGUGGGCUCCACCUUUCUUCUCUCCGGCGACUACAUUCACCCGUCUCUCCGCCCUAAACACCGCCGCCACCAAAGAGGUUAGCUGCGACAAUGGCUGGAGGUAGAUUGCUUCAGCAGAUUCUAAAGAAAAAGUUCCAGACUAAUUCCACUGCAAUUCCAGCUUUAUCAUCUGCUGUCUCAAAAGAUCAAGACAAUGUUGGAUCUUCUGGAGCCAAAGUUUUGAAAGCAUUUGCUCUCCUUGGAGCAGGCGCUACAGGGCUUUUGAGUUUUUCCACUGUAGCUUCUGCUGAUGAGGCUGAACAUGGCCUAGAAAGCCCAAUCUACCCUUGGCCUCACAGUGGCAUCCUUAGUUCAUAUGAUCAUGCCUCGAUUCGUCGUGGGCACCAGGUUUACCAGCAGGUAUGCGCCUCAUGUCACUCAAUGUCCCUGAUUUCGUACCGUGAUCUGGUGGGUGUAGCUUACACUGAAGAGGAGACAAAAGCUAUGGCCGCUGAGAUUGAGGUGGAAGAUGGACCUAAUGACGAGGGUGAAAUGUUUGCUCGUCCUGGUAAACUCAGUGACCGAUUUCCUCAGCCAUAUCCUAAUGAAUCAGCAGCUAGGUUUGCUAAUGGUGGGGCGUAUCCUCCUGACCUAAGUCUUAUUACCAAGGCUAGACACAAUGGUCAGAACUAUGUAUUCGCCCUGCUAACUGGUUACCGUGAUCCACCUGCUGGUGUUGCGAUCCGAGAAGGGUUGCACUACAAUCCAUACUUCCCUGGGGGUGCAAUUGCUAUGCCUAAAAUGCUUAAUGACGGUGCUCUUGAAUACGAGGAUGGUGUUGCUGCAACAGAAGCUCAGAUGGGCAAAGACGUUGUGACAUUCUUGUCAUGGGCAGCAGAGCCUGAGAUGGAAGAAAGGAAACUGAUGGGAUUCAAGUGGAUAUUUGUACUAUCACUGGCAUUACUUCAAGCAGCAUACUACCGACGUUUGAAGUGGUCUGUCAUCAAGUCUCGCAAGUUGGUCCUUGAUGUUAUCAAUUAGAGACCGGUGUUCUUUUCCUUGUACUAUUGAAUAUGGGAUAAUCCCGAUGGAAAAAAUAAUUAUUUCCGGGUGUUUUUUGACCGCCAUGGUUGAAUGUUUCAAUCGUAUGGCUUGAGGAGUCAUAUUUUUGUUGCCAUGGAAGAAAUAAGCUUCCGACAUAGUAGAUUAUUCUUUUUUUUUAUUAACUCUUUGGACGAUUUUUAUCGUACUUCUCUGCGUGUUCAGAAUGGGCAUUUAUUAUUUUUGAUGUUCUAGCGCCCGCAUCUGAGGACAUCCUUCAACUUUGUUUAGUUAAUUUUGGUUCUCUUAAAACUGUAAGAAUAAGACUGAAGAACUAUGAUCACUUCAGUUCUAA